AUGGAUUUCGAACCUACUAUCGCAAGUGUGUCCCUGGGAGAUCCUUCUGUCCACCCUAUCGCCACGAGACUAUCUGCGGCCGCCUGCCAUGGCUUCACACAGGUAGAAAUCGUGGAAGCGGACCUCCUCGAGCAAACCAAAGCUUUGGGGUUCGAUAGGUCAGAAUACGGCCAAGUCCAAGCUGCCAAAAGCAUUAGGGCACUGUGCGACAAUCAUCGCCUUAAAGUGAAGGUCCUGCAGCCCUUUUGGUUCUACGAAGGUCUUCUUGACAAGGCAGAGCGUCUUGCCAAGAUUAAGAAACUCGAGCUCUGGAUGAAGUUGGCAGCCAUACUCGGUGCUCGAAUCAUCCAGAUCCCCACCAACUGGCUUGCGCGAGGGACCACGGGCGACGUUGAGGUGAUUGUGCAAGACAUGAUCGAGAUGUCUGGAUUGGGCCUCAAGCAGGACCCAGUCAUCUACUUCGCAUACGAAGGCGUGGCAUGGGGAACGCACUUGGACACCUGGCAAGGGACGUGGGAGAUCGUCAAAAGGGUAGACAGGAGCAACUUUGGACUCUGCCUUGACACGUUCCACAUUGCAGGACGAGUGUGGGGCGAUCCCACGGCGCCUUCAGGAAUAAAUGAAGAUGCAGACCGUGUUCUGGAUGAUUCUCUGGAGGAGAUGGUCCGCAGCCUUGACGUAGACAAGAUCUUCUACGUACAACCUGGCGAUGCCGAAAGGUUGGAUCGACCUCUGGUUCCAGGCCACACGCUGUACACCGAGGAUCAAAAGCCACGCAUGACCUGGUCAAGGAAUGCAAGGCUCUUCGCGUUCGAACAAGACCGUGGCGGUUAUCUGCCCGUGCAGAAGAUCAUGGAGACACUGGUUGUCAGAAUGGGAUACCGGGGCUUGAUUAGCGCCGAGAUGUUCUCCCGACACUUGUUCGAUCCAAGACCUGAAGUGCCUGCCGAGUUCGCCUCUCGAGGUGCCCAGUCAUACAGAAAUAUGAUCGAAGCUCUUCAUCGGCAAUUGGGUUCAUAA